AUGUUAAAAAGAAUUGAUCCUUCAAACCCAGUCUUGGUUUCUUACUUAGAAUCCAUAGAUACUUCUGUGGAAAUUGGGAUUCUCUUACGACAGACAACUGAAAAGAAGUCAAAGAAGGCGAAGAAGACUAAUGAUGGGUCUUCAGGUACAAAGGUUAAGUCAUCAAAGAGUACGAAGCACGUUCCUGUGAUCGAACCUGAGCCAAUUCAGCCGGAUCCUAUUAUUUCUGAUACCCAGGUAACUAAAAAGGAAGUCAUUCCUUCGAAGACUGGUGUAUUUAGACGAAUCAAGAUGAAGUUGAAGAACAAGCGUCGAUCAUCUAGUACGAAUGUUGUUCGUAUACCCCAAGUUUCUCAUAAAGGGGUGAUUUUUAGACAAAUACCUGCCCCUGCUUCUCCUUCUUCGAAAAAGUGA